AUGCUGGGCGGUCUUCCGCAGCAGCAGAUGAUGAUGCAGUUUUGGCAAGCGCAGCAGCAGCGCGCGAUGGAGGCCAGCCAGCCUCAGAAUGGCUGGGCCGAUCAGUCCCAGUUUUCCGCCAGCAUCCCCGUCAAAUCGGGUGCCGCUGCCCCGCCGACGACCCUGGCAGGCUUGUUGGGGGGGGGUGCGCAAGCCCAGGCGCCUGCCCCCAUGUCCAUGCCCACCGCCAUGCCUGCCACGAUGCCUGCCACGAUGCCCGCAGCACCGUGCAUGUCAGCUGGCAUGCCCGCCGGCAUGCCUGCCGGCAUGCCCACCGGCAUGCCCAGUGGCAUGCCCAGUGGCAUGCCCACCGGCAUGCCCGGCAUGGCCCAGAUGAAUGGCUACGACGGGCACUUCCCCACAAUGGAAGAGCUGGCGGGGAAUUUCAACAUGGGGGGCACCGGACAGACGAUCGCCGACCAGGAGGUGAAGGUUCAGGAUCCCAUGGGCCAGCUGGUCACGAGCUUCCAGGCGUACGACAAUUUCGAGAUUUGCCCCUUCCCCCCCGCCAUCAAGAGCCAGAUCCUGCGCGCGGGCUUCCCCGCUCCUUCGCAGAUCCAGCAGUACACCUGGCCCUUGGCGAUGCAGGGCCGUGACGUCAUUGGAGUGGCGGCCACAGGCAGUGGCAAGACGCUUGCCUUUCUGCUGCCCGCCUUCACCGACAUCCUCACCCGCGGCAUCGGGGCAGGCGCUCCCACGCUGCUGGUGAUCGCGCCCACCCGCGAGCUGGCCAUCCAGAUCCAGGAGGAAGCCGACAAGUUCGGCAAGGCCGCGGGGAUUCGCACGGUCUGCUGCUACGGCGGAGCCCCGAAACCGCCUCAGGCGGACCAGAUCCGCGCGGGCGUGCACGGCGUUGUGGGCACGCCAGGCCGGAUCCAGGACUUCUGCGAAGGAGGGCAGCUGCGGUUGGGGAACUGCACCAAGCUCACCUUGGAUGAGGCGGACCGCAUGCUGGACAUGGGCUUCGAGCCCCAGAUCCGGAAGAUCCUGCUGCAGGUGCCGCGGCAGAGGCAGACGCUGUUUUUCACGGCCACCUGGCCGAUGAGCGUCCGGAAGUUGGCCAGCGAGUUUCUGAGCGGGCCCUACACCGUGACGAUCGGGAACCGGGAUGAGCUCAAGGGCAACCAGGACAUCACCCAGCAGGUCUUCCCCUGCAACCCCUCCAAUAAGAACAUCAUUUUGAUGGACCUCCUGCGCAAGGCAGGCGUGGCGGACCGCGGCAACACUGCAGCGAAGGGCUUGAUCUUCUGCUCCACGAAGCGGCUCUGCAACCAGCUCUCAGAGAACCUGGAGCGGCAGGGGGUGCCCUGCUCCGCCGUGCACGGGGACAAGGGCCAACGUGAGCGAGAAGCGGCGCUCAAUGGCUUGAAGGAGGGCAGGCUGAAACUCCUAGUGGCCACAGACGUGGCGGCCCGCGGCCUCGACAUCAAGGGCGUAACUCUGGUGGUGAACUACGAUGCGCCUUCCAACACGGAGGAUUACGUGCACCGCAUCGGCCGUACCGGACGUGCAGGGAUGAAGGGCCACGCCGUGACCCUCAUCGUGGAGCGGGAUGCCCAUGCUUUGAGGGGCAUCGUAGAGGUGAUGAAGCGAACGAACCAGCAAGUGACUCCAGAGGUGGAGGAUAUGCUGAGGAGCGACUUGCGGGCAUGGCUGUCAUAUGGGUCUGGAAACUUUCGUUGGUUGGGUUUUAAAGCAACACCCUGA